CCAGCUGGCUGCUCCCCCAGCGCACCUCUCUCCCUCCAUCACCAACCAUGAAGACUUCAGGAAUCCUUUCGCUCUCUUUCGCCGCUGCCGCGUCGGCGCUCUCCAUCCUCCGCGAUGGCCAAGCUCCGCUCCAGGGCUCUACUGUCUCUGACUCCACCACCACGCCCGAGCAGUUCCUUAUCGAGCUGUCGCCCGGCGAGACGAAAUGGAUCACCGAGGACGAGAAGUGGGAGCUGAGGAAGCAAGGCAUCAACUUCUUCGACAUCACCGAUGCCCAGGACCUCGGCAGCGUCGCCAAGUCGGAGGCGACGGUCAAGUUCCCCUCCAAGCCCGCCUACAACACCACCAUCAAGCCGCUGCUGAAGGAGCUGAAGAAGAAGAACAUGCGCAAGCACCUCGAGACCUUCACUGCCUUCCACACGCGCUACUACAAGUCGCAAUACGGGGCGCAGUCGUCGGCGUGGCUGCUGUCGCAGGUCAACGAGACGCUGGCCGAAGCCGGCGCGCUGGACGCCGGCGCCAGCGUAAAGCACUUCGAGCACCAGUGGGGCCAGAACAGCAUCGUCGCGACGCUCCCGGGCAAGAGCAACAAGACGGUCGUCAUCGGCGCGCAUCAAGACAGCAUCAAUCUGUUCCUGCCGUCGCUACUGGCGGCCCCGGGCGCCGACGACGACGGCUCCGGCUCCGUCACCAUCCUCGAGGCGCUGCGCGUGCUGCUGACCUCGCCCGCCAUCGUUAAUGGCGACGCCGAAAACACUGUCGAGUUUCACUGGUACUCGGCCGAGGAGGGCGGGCUGCUGGGCUCGCAGGCCGUCUUCCAGGCCUAUGAGAAGGCCGGCCGCGACGUCAAGGCUAUGCUGCAGCAGGACAUGACCGGCUACGUGCACAAGACGCUCGAGGCCGGCGAGCCCGAGUCCGUCGGCGUCAUCACCGACUUUGUCGACCCGGGCCUUACGGAGUUCAUCAAGGACGUCAUCACCGUCUACUGCGAUAUUCCCUACGUGCUGACCAAGUGCGGCUACGCGUGCUCGGACCACGCCAGCGCGAGCAAGGCGGGCUACCCCUCGGCCUUUGUCAUCGAGAGCGACUUCAAGUAUAGCGAUAGCAAGAUCCAUACCACCGAGGACAAGAUUGAGUAUUUGAGCUUCGAUCACAUGCUCCAGCAUGCUAAGCUGACGCUGGCGCUGGCGUACGAGCUUGCUUUUGCCAAGUUUGACUAGAGCUGCCUAGGUAGAGAGAGAGGUCCGUGGUUAUUAUUAUGCUUUUACAGGGCUCGAUUUGGAUGUGUUGUAAUGAGAUUGGUUUGGGUUUGGUAUAUAUGAGUGGUCAAGAUAAGUGCUGUAUAAUCGAAUCUGGUAACAGUGCUUUAACUGGUCGAAACUUUCGACUGUGGAAAAGACGUUUAAAAUCUGGUUCCUCUUCCAGCAUUGACCAUUAACCUUGUCAAGGUAUGCCAAAGUCCACGCAAACCCGACCCGGACACCCCUCACAAAGCCCCUACAAAGCUUCCAUCCGCCAACCACCCUACUUCCCCCCCUUCCCCUUCCCCCUCCCCUUCCCUCUCCCCUUCUCAAGCAAAUGCGCCCCCC